AUGGAGUGUAAACCAAUUGUGGGCCAUGGAUUUGUGCUGGACAAGUACAAGUGCCAAUGCAAGAGAGGUUUCUACCACCCAAGCCGAGUGGUUCUCAAUGGCUUCUCAAAAUCAGACCGGGGAGCAUACUCUGAUGAAUCCUGGGAAUUGUCCGGGAGAUGUUUUCCCUGCCGAGAAGGCUGUCAGUUCUGCACGGACGACACACCGUGUUUGGCUCAGGAGGACACGGCCCUUCGCCUCGCCAUGGUCUCGUUUCAGGGGUUCUGCAUGCUCCUGGACCUCAUCAGCAUGAUGGUCGUCUACCACUUUCGCCGCAACAAGAGAAUCAAAGCAUCUGGUCUUAUACUUCUCGAAGCGAUACUUUCAGGAUCUGUACUUCUCUACUUCCCUGUUAUGAUACAGUAUUUUAAUCCAAGUGUUUUCCGGUGUAUUCUCCUGAGAUGGGUCCGUUUGCUCGGAUUUGCUGUCGUCUAUGGAACAGUGAUUCUCAAACUUUACAGGGUUUUAAAGGUGUUCCUGUCCCGCACCGCCCAGCGGAUCCCGUACAUGACCAGCUGGAGGGUUUUGCGUCUGCUUGCUGUGAUUUUGCUGGUGGUUGUGUGGUUCCUAGUUGCUUGGACCUCAGCCGUAUGCCAAAACCAAGACACCCAUCAUGCCCUCAUCAAUAUCAGUGUCACACCAGAGGGCCUGCAGUUCAGCAUGUGCCUGCUGGACAGCUGGGACUACAUGAUGGCUGCUGCGGAGUUCCUGUUCCUGCUGUGGGGCGUCUAUUUGUGUUACGCUGUAAGGACCGUUCCCUCCGCUUUCCACGAGCCUCGCUACUUGGCGAUCGCCAUCUAUAAUGAACUCCUCAUCUCUGCAAUAUUUCACAUCAUUAGGUUCUCUCUUGGCACUGGGCUGCAUCCAGACUGGAUGCUAAUGUUAUUUUUCGUCCACACGCACCUGACGGUGACGGUUACUCUCGGAUUACUUCUCAUUCCAAAGUUUUUGUUCACUGGAACUCAUACGCGGGAGGAUAUAGCCACAGAGGCUUAUGAAGAUGAGCUGGAUAUGGGUCACUCAGGCUCCUGCCUGAACAGCAGCAUAACAUCUGCCUGGAGUGAGCACAGUCUGGAUCCUGAGGACAUUAGGGAGGAGCUCAAGAAACUCUAUGCCCAAUUGGAGAUCUAUAAGAGAAAGAAGAUGUUGGCCAAUAACCCUCACUUACAGAAAAAACGCAGUUCCAAGAGAGGACUUGGACGGACACUAAUGCGCCGCAUCACAGAAAUACCCGAGACAGUGAGUCGGCAAUACAGCCGGGAAGAUCGAGAUACAAGUGACCAUGGGAGUAACAGAGGCACCCUGAGGAGAAACCCCUUUGACCCGUCUCACUCCAGCAAGUCAAGAGAAGAAUCACUAAAGAGCAAGAUGUUCUCACUGAAGAGAUCUCAUAGCUAUGACCAUACGCAUGACCAAGGUGGGGAAACCAAUGGGGUGCGUGAUGAUAAAAUGGAGAACUCUACUACUGAAGCUUCUCUGCUUGACACCUUGAUGGGCCGGAGGUCCAACAAGAAAAACCCUGAGGUGCCAAAAGUCGAGUUAGCCGAAUCUACUGAGUCAGUGCCCUUAGUGUGCAAAUCCGCCAGUGCACAUAACCUAGCAGCAGAAAAAAAGCCUGUACAUCUUCGGACCUCGAUGUUACAGAAGUCACUGUCUGUCAUUGCUAGCGCCAGAGAGAGGACGCUGGGCAUUGCGGGGAAGACCCACAGCGUGGAAGAUGCUAGUAAAAAGGGUCUCAAAGCAAGGGAGACAGCGGCACUUUCGGAAGUCGAUGAAUCACCAGAGUGUUUACCAAAGAUGAUCAUCAGCCAGUCGGUUGAGUACACCAAAACACCUAGUAAGAUGGGCAUCAUGAAGCAGCAGGUGAGUGGCAGUCAGCCCUCCAUUUGUUCAGAACCGGGGAAGAGCAAGGACCUGUACGACCUCUCUGAGGUGUGCCCUUGGGAAGUGGAGGAGUUGCCCACUCCAACGGAGGGCAAGUCCCAGAAGCAUGUUUCUAUUGCCCCCACUGAAACCAACACAAUCCAUGGGAGCAGUGCAAAGAGUGGACACAAGUCCCAACACAAACAAAAAGGGUUGGGCCAAUCUCCGUCUAACCGACGUCGCUCCAGAGAUAAGACUGGGGACAGGGAUGAAGGGAGGAAACCCAAAUCACCUCUCAACCUCAAUGCCCACAAAGACGCAAGUCAGUGGAACUUCGAGGAUCUACCGGUGCAAGCAACAGAGCCUGUAGGACUGUCCCCCGAAAGAACAAGCCGCAAGAAAAGCGUCACACCCACAGAUGGAAAGCCCAAGAUCAUCCUUUCAGACAUCUCCAAAUCCACAGGAAGCCUUUUGCAGCCUCCAUCUCUCAUGGUGGAUAUCUGCCCUUGGGAUUACGAUACCCCUCUGUCCCCCAACCAGGACAAGACUUCCAGCCCCACACAUCAUUCGAAGAGAAGAGAUUCUUGCUCAAAAAGAAAAGGAUCCUGCUCCUCUAAAGACAAAGCUAAGGAUAAAGAGGAUGAUAAACGAACAUCCAAGACUAAGGAGCGGAGAAGUUCCUCAGGCAAAUCAUCCGAGAAGCGUCGCAUGAGCCAAUCAUCAGAGGUAGACCAAGUUGCCACGGUGGCAUCUGGCAGGAGGAGGAGCUCUACUAGAGACUCCGCCAUCAGCGGCAGUAGGCGUGCUGACGUUUGUCCCUGGGAGACAGAGGUACUGCCAAGUGUUACCUCAAGUGAUAAACAGCCUCCAACGACUGAUAACCACACAACUCGAAGACCGUCCACUUACCUCAACAUGGCUGACGUUUGUCCAUGGGACUUUGAUGACAAGUUGUCAGGGAAAAGCGCAUGACACAGCAAUCACAUAUUUAGACCACUCCAGUAGGGUUUCCGAGAUGGCAGAUUCCGUAUUUGAAAGUUAAGGCCUGUUCACACCAAUAACUGUAAUGAUAACUGGCUUCCACACCAACAUAGAACUAUCAUGAUACCUCCAUUCAAUUUGAGUACUUGAUUUAAAAAAAUUCUUGAUUGCAUUUUGCCUGUGUCACGAAACCUGCAAAUUCCAUAAGUGCCGCAUUCCAAAGAUCCAUGAAAGUCAUUAUUAGACCAUUUUCCAAAGCUGGAUUAUAUAUUAAACUCAUUUAAAAAUCAUAAUAAUUAUAAUCCCAUUGUGAAUUCACAAAUGGUAUGAUUCAAUUAAAUAAUAUAUUUAAUUUAAAUAAUAUAUAGGUUUAAUACAUGCACUUUAAUUAUUUACAUGCGUGUAGGAUAUGCACAGUUCACAGUUAAUGCUGUUCCACACAAACUUUUUAUCAUUUACAUGUGUGGAGCGUCUCAGACUCCAUCUCUGCAUAUUGUUGUGAGUUUGAGCUUAUUAUAGGUAACUUGUUUAUAAACCUACUCAAACACAGGAGAACAGAUCAGUAUCUUUCUCAAUAUGCCAACUGUUCAUUGCAAUUUCAAAAUAAAAGCACAAACCCUCUGAGUUAUGUUUUGAUGUCCACAUAUUCAAGUAAUUUCAGUGGCUGUAGUAUUUCUGUUGUGGCUUAGGUCUAAUUUUAUUAACAUAAAAAAAUAUUUAUAAUGAUCUGAUUUUGACUAAUCGCCAGAAUAACCAACUGAUACUUAAUUACCAAAAUAAUCAUUAGUGACAGCUCUACACAAACAACAGAUGAUAAUGUGUACUGUGUGAGUUAUCUGCUGCUUUAAAUGCUAAAGCUCCUUGAAGUUGGGUGGACUCCGAUUGGCUGUCAAUGUUUUUAUCAUUCAUCAGCUGGAAAAAAUAAUUUUAAUAGUGAUUCAGAAGUGUCGUUAUCACUAUUGCUGUGGGUUAGACUUUGCUAAUUUCAUAUAUUUAGAACAAUUAUUAAACAUUUUAGUUACAGUUAUCAUCAUUGGUGUGAAUGGGCCUUUAGUCUUUUCACACUUAUUAAGUUUGCAUAUAUACACCAAGUAAAACACUUUCUUAAAAAACUUCAAUGCUUGUUAAAAUAUAAUGUAAAAAGGUUUCAUCCACAAAAACUCAUUCCAAUUGAAAUAAAAAUAUAGUGCCUUGCAAAAGUGUUCAAACCCCUCUCAUUUUUAUGUAACAUUUCUUUCAUUAUAUUUUCAUUAUAUUACAGUGGAUGUCCCAGCGGCACUUUUUUCAGUUAACAGGAAGUGUUCAGACAAGACAAUGUUCAACCCCUAAAUAGUAAUACCAACAAUCUCUUUGAAAGGUUUAUUAUUCUUUUCUCACAAACGUUUCUGAAAACGAAAACAAUAACAAUUAUUAUGAUACUGCAGUUUUUCAAUUCAGUAAAUGAGAGAAUUUGUUUUGGGGGUUUGAAGACCUUCACAAGGCACAGUUAGAGAGAGUGGGGUAAGAUGGGACACAUCCUGUGUCUAGGAAACUGCACAAUUUUUAUACAAUAUUAAGCUGUAAUAUUUGCUUGUUUUUGAUGGAAUAAAGCGCACAGUCCUAACGGUCACAUUUCUUACUGUAGUAAGCGAUUCUCUGAACAGGCUUAAUAUUAAUGAUUUUGUAUAUAUAUGUACCUUGAAGAUUUGGCUGCACAAAGCUGAAAAUUAAAGAUUUCCACUGUUACUGCCCAAUAAAAAGGUCUGGUUCAUGUAAUCGAAGUUGCUUUAAACUAUAGGUGUUUAAAAAUAAUUUGUGCAACAUUUAAAAUAUAACUGUUGCAAUGUUCCCAUGUGACAACUUUCCCCAUUCUCUGCUCUAUAUCAUACAUGUUGGUGACGGAUAAAUGUACCUGUAUAUCACAUCAUUGAUAUUAUUUGUCUAAAUAAUAAAACUGAAACAUAACAUAGCACUUUUUUCAGAAACUGUGGGAAGGUUGAGCUUGUAGGAAUAUUUAAGUGGCCCUAUUCUGUGAACGCUUUCUUAUAACAGCAGUUAAUAGGAUCCUCAUCUUACCCUAUUGCUGUGCAUGUUUUUAAAUUAAUUAUAAAUGACAAAUAUAUACAAAACCAUUUCUUUAUAAACAAAAGUAUUCACCUGGUGCCCAAUGUGAGUGAUGGAUAACUAAGAUCUGUCUUUUAAAAAUAUAUCCCAUAUUGCUCACAAACCUUCAAGUUACCAAAUAUAUUUUGGGAUAUUUUUCAGUAUUCAUGGGUACUAUUUUAGACAUGGUCUAAAAUGUUUUAAACAUUUAUUUAUUUCAUUCAUUAAAGAUACCCAGUGAAUGGUAAACUGUACACCAGCAGGUUGCAAUGUAAGUCGGUUGUUCUCUGUAAAACAUUUAUAUCAGUAAACUGCAUGAAUGCAAGUAAACCACGCUACAUUUUUAAUCUAUGUUAAAUAUUGACAGAGAAUUGCAGUUCAAAGCAUUUGUUUGAUCAUUGCAUGAGCACACUUAUCUGUUGCACUGUUGCUGGUACAGUAUUGUUUUUUCCGGUUUUACAGAACCCUUUCUGUUCUGUUGUGAUUUGUAUCAGUAUCAGCUACUGUCUUAUAACAUAAUCAGUGAUGUCACCCUGUUGAUGAUUGUUGCAUCAGUGUAUACAAAGUCACAUUGGCUCUUGCAUGACAGUGAGUAGGUCUGUCUUUUUACUGCACAUGAAAUUCUGAAUCAGCAGGAGUGUUGUGAGUCUACUGAAUAUCGCAAUGCAAAGAUACAUUCCUAACUUCAGUAUUAUGCAGUUGUUAUGCUCAAUAGCAAUCCACCCGGGAACAUUUCUACUGUAAAUAGAUAUUGUGUGCUUCUUUGUGAUAGCAUGUACAUACAAUACUUCCUGCAAUAAACAUAUUGUGUUCUGA